AUGAAACCUCGACGAAACACCAACUUCUUGACCGUCCCGGUCCUUCCAUCGCCUGCAUCUUUUAUACCGGGCAUAGAUGGCAGUGCAGAGAAACAAUUCGGAACUCUACCUCCACUCUCACCUCUCCUGCCAACGACUCGACUCAAGCUCAACAAAUCCGAGGAACGUUCCUUCUAUCGCCGGUACGCCGCUCGACUCGUGGUAGCAAUCACACUAUCGCUUGUCUUCCUGUGGCAAGCAUCAAAUAUCUUCACCGCUGUCAAAGACUUUCAGGCGCCCUUGCCUAUCUCGACCAACACGACGCAGCUGGCCGAUUUGCCCAAGCAUGCGGCCGCCAUCACUGUCAAUGGUGGAUCUAAGUGGACGGUUUCCAUCCCGCAUGACUCGGCCUUCCCUUUGUCCUCAAACGACUAUACUCACAUCUGCCAAACUACUGAGACAGUUCGCGACGAGAUCCGAACUACCACGCAGCCUUCCGGUGUAUCAGGAUGGUGGGCAGAUUCGGACCGGUCUUUCUUGGACGUCGCUGAAGCGCAGGCCAUGGGGUAUUUGCCUGCCAACAACAAUCAAACGUCCCAGGAAAAUGUCUGUGAGAAGAGUCUGACUUUCGUCCUCGAAAGCGAUGACAUCAGCUUCGGUGGCUCGUUGUUGAUGCUGUGGCUCAGCUAUGGCUUGGCUCAGAGGCAGGGACGAGCUUUCUUCCUGGACGAUUCCCGUUGGGCUUGGAGCAAGUAUACCUCCUACUUUCAACCUCCUCCUCGACCACAGUGCAACCCGCCGCCUGCGCAUCACAUUGUCUCGUGCCCGGCGAUUGCACGCCAUAUCGUUGUCUCUAGCUCGACAGCUCAAUGGACGUUUGGCCCAGCUUUCAAAGCUCAAUACAUGCGGUCCAAUCGAUUUGUGCGCGAACAACAAACCCAGGUCUUUGCACUCGUACGAGCUGGCUAUGAUGCUCUCUUUCAUCUUGCAGAUACGGAUGCCGGAUAUGUCGACGAGCGUGUCUCACACUUUCGUGGAGACGCGCAGAAUGCCCAGGCACCUGUCGUCGGCGUGCACAUUCGUCGCGGCGACCGUCAUCCCUAUGAAUACCAAUACAGUCACGACUACCUUCCUUUGAGCCGUUACGUCGAUGCCGCAUAUGAGAUGCUUCCCUCGCUAGCGAAGAAGCCAACAUCACAGAUCUUCUCAUCGAUCACAUCCUUUCUUUCCGCGCCAGUCCACCCCUCACAGCCCAUCGCAUCCACACCGAACCUCGUCCUCGCCUCCGAUGACCCGGACAUCCACCUCUCAGAUGAACUCCUCCUCGCCCUCUCAGCCCACGACGCCUCCCCAGAAUCCCUCACCCGAGCCCAAGACCGCAUCCUCCUCGCCACCAAAUCCGCCCUCGACGCCGCCGCAAACCUCACCGCCACCAAAUCCAUCCCACGAGGACCUCACGCGCCUCACGACGGCCACACCGCCAUCCAAUACCACAAACACGUCGCCGAGAACGCCGGUUGGGAUGGGGGUUUCUACGCCGCCAUGUUCGCCUCCCUCGGGAACGUCGGCGGCCCAGUCUCGACCACCCCUCAAGCCCUCGAGAUGCGGAUCCUGGUCGGACGCGCAUAUGUCCUCGACAUGGCGGUCCUGGCCCGCGCUUCGGACGCCGCCGUUUGCGCUAUCAGCAGCGCGAGCUGUAGAGUCCUCGGCGUCGCCAUGGGAUGGGAGGGCGUCCGAUCGGGAGGGAAGUGGGUCAACGUCGACGAUGGAAGGGGCUGGAGUUGGGAUGGAAAUGGGCCUUGA